GCGCAGCGGCUUCGGUGCUGGAGGCUGCUGCAGCACAGCCUGCACCGGCCAGACGCCCGGCGGCCGCGUGGGAGGCGCUGCGGGCGCGAGUGGGCGCGGGAGGCACGGUCCACGCGGGGCCGAAACGGGGAGGCGCGGGCCAUGGUGGCGCUCGGCUGAAUCCGGCGGGGACUUCGAUUCCCGGGAAUUCGGCGCGGUCGCACUUUGAGCAAGGCACCGACGCCUCGCAUCGCCCAAGCGCGCCCAUGGAAAAAUCCAAGAAUUUCCGCAUCGACGCGCUAUUGGCCGUGGACCCCCCUCGCGCCGCCUCAGCGCAGAGCGCGCCGCUGGCCCUGGUGGCCUCGCUGGCCUCCGCGGGCUCGGGCCCGGGCAGCGGGACGAGCAGCGAGCGCAGCCCGGGCCCCUCCGAGCCGCCGGCCGCUCGCGCGCGGGCCGAGAGCCCCGAGCCGCCGCGCCUACCAGCUGCACACUGCGCGCUGCUGCCCAAGCCCGGCUUCUUGAGCGCGGGCGGUGGGACUGGGGCCGGACCCGGGGGUCCCUCUCCCCACGCGCACCCCGCUGCCGUGGCCGCCGCCGCUGCCGCCGCCGCGGGGGGCCUUGCGCUGGGGCUACACCCGGGAGGCGCGCAGGGUGGCGCGGGGCUCCCAGCGGCGCAGGCGGCGCUCUACGGCCAUCCGGUCUACGGCUACUCGGCGGCGGCGGCGGCGGCGGCCCUGGCUGGCCAGCACCCCGCGCUGUCCUACUCGUACCCGCAGGUGCAGGGCGCGCACCCCGCUCACCCCGCCGACCCCAUCAAGCUGGGUGCCAGCGGCUUCCCGCUGGACCAGUGGCUGCGCGCGUCUACCGCGGGCAUGAUCCUGCCCAAGAUGCCGGACUUCAACUCCCAGGCACAGUCGAGCCUCUUGGGGAAGUGUCGCCGGCCGCGCACAGCAUUCACCAGCCAGCAGCUGCUGGAGCUCGAGCACCAGUUCAAGCUCAACAAGUACCUGUCGAGGCCCAAGCGCUUCGAGGUGGCCACCUCACUCAUGCUCACGGAGACCCAGGUUAAGAUCUGGUUCCAGAACCGGAGGAUGAAAUGGAAGCGCAGCAAGAAGGCUAAGGAGCAGGCAGCACAGGAGGCCGAGAAGCAGAAGGGCGGCCCGGGUGUGGGAAAGGAGGACAAGGGUGAGGAGGAGCUGCUGGGGCCGCCUGCACCUGGGGACAAGAAUGGCAGCCGCCGCAUGCGGGACUUGAGGGACAGUGACCCUGAGGAGGAGGACGACGACGAUGAUGAUGAGGACCCAUUCACCUACAGCAAUGGCGCGGGCGCCCUGGCCGCCUCAUCUGACUGUUCCUCUGAGGAUGAGUGUGCCCCGCCGCAGUAGGGUCUCCUCCGCUGGCCACUGGGCCACCUGAGGGACAGAAGGAUGGCCUGGACCGGCACUUUCUAACUCAGUUUCAGGUGGUGCUGGCAGGAGGCUUAGAGAAGCAACGAGCUGCUCUGACCCGGGCCCCUCCUUCUGCACUGGCAGCGACUCCACAGUGUUAAAGUGACCUCUGAAACUUGAAACCUCUCUGGAAAUGCCAUUCUCGGUACAAAGAAAAAGGGUUUUAUGCUUCUGUAUCUUAGGGGGAAAACGUAUGUCAUGAGCAUUCAAACUGCUGGAAAUCUCAAAACUGUACUGUCUUUAUUUUUGUAUAUUGUAUUUAUAUAUAAAGAAAGAAACGUCUACUUAUGCAUGCUAAAUUAUUAUUUAGCUUCUCCCAUCUCCUAGGGUGGAAUGUAAAAUAAAUUGGUUUUUUAAUGGA